AUGUGGCUUGACCGCUUGACUGCGGGCGCCGCAUCUCCCAGUGGUUCCUUGACCCCCUCGAGGCCAUACUCUCCUGCACAGCGCAAGAAUUCCCACCUUACCCCUACUCAACGGCCAGCCUUGGGUCUGUCCGCGAACAGAUCCUCGGCCUCACUCGACCUCAGUGCAAACAGCUCCACUGCUUCUCUGGUCUCUGCACCAAGAGUCGCUAAUGGCUCCUCCUUGCGAAUCGAGCAGCGGCCUCCGCCCGAUGUCGAAGACCCUGUGAAGGUGCUGGGAACUAUACUGGGAACACCCGAAGACGGCGCAGAUGCCAGCAGUCGUCCAGACAAACCGCGCAGACCUAAAGACGCGGAAAUCGAAUUUGGCGGAUUCAGUCUUAAUGAAUUUGUCAACAAAGGAACACCAUUGCAGCCAGAGCCAUCAGACCCUCCCAUCGAGGUCUCGGCCCAGGGGAAUAGGCAAAAAUAUGAAGACUUUCACAACUCCAUUGCGGAAUGCGACCAAGUGCUUAGAACUGUGGAAUCGUAUUUGACCAAUUUCAAAGCAGAGCUCGGCCAAGUAUCGGCCGAAAUCGAGAAUCUUCAAUCACGCUCAACACAAUUGAACGCGAAACUCGACAAUCGUCGUAAUGUUGAGAAGCUCCUGGGACCUGCGGUCGAAGACGUCACUCUCUCUCCGCUUACCGUGAGAACAAUUGCCGAGGGGGGAAUCGACGAGGAUUUCCUCAAAGCACUCCACGAAAUCGAGACGAGGUCCGCCUUGAUUGAAGUCAAAGAGAAAAAAGGGGAGAAUGUCAAGGCAUUACAAGACCUUAAGCCAUUGUUGGAAAAUCUUAAAGCCAAAGCGAUCGAACGAAUUCGUGACUAUAUUGUGGCGCAAAUUAAAGCUCUCCGGUCGCCCAACAUCAACGCCCAGGUCAUUCAACAACAGACGUUUCUGAGAUACAAAGAUCUCUAUGCCUUCCUGGCCAGGAAUCAUUCUGUCUUGGCCGAAGAGAUCGGUCAAGCGUAUGUCAACACCAUGCGCUGGUACUACAGCAGUCACUUUGCUCGAUAUGAAAAUGCCCUCGAAAAGCUGCAGCUCCACGUCUUUGAUCAGCACGACUUGCUCGGUUCGGAAGCGUCCACGGCUAGAAGGAAUGUUCUUGGAGGGUCGAAGUCUGCCCCUCCGCAGCACGAUGCAUUUUCUCUAGGACGAAGAGAAGAUAUACUAAAAUCCAAAAACGAUGCAGCUCUGCCUGCCUAUCUCGUAGAAGACAGCAAGGCAGCACACUACCUCGAAGUCCCCUUCCGCAACUUCAAUCGGGCACUCAUCGACAAUGUGUGUACUGAAUAUUCGGUGGUUACCGAACUCUUUUCCACGAAUUCGUACCACCAGAUUUCUCGCCGAGUUACAGAGAUCUUUGAACAUACCUUCACCAUCGGCCACAAUCUGACCAAGCAACUAGUGGAGACCACAAACGAUUGCUUGGGCUUGCUAUUGUGUGUUCGACUCAACCAGCAUUUUGCCUUUGAGCUGCAGAGGCGGAAAGUCCCGGUUGCUGAUUCGUAUAUCAACUUCACCAAUAUUCUUUUGUGGCCCCGUUUUCAAAAGGUCAUGGAUUUGCACUGCGAGUCUCUGAAGAAGGUCCCUACCGGCGCCAAUCGCGGUGCUGCUGCAGCCUUCUCUCUUGUGGGCGGCGGGUCGGAUGCCUCCAAAGCCUCGGCUGCCCCUCACGCCGUUACGCAACGAUUUGGACAGUUUCUUCAAGGUAUUCUGGUGCUUAGCGCCGAAGCAGGCGAUGAUGAGCCGGUGUCCAAUAGCCUUGGUCGAUUGAGAACCGAGUACGAGACUCUUCUGGGCAAAUUGGCCAAAGGGGCCGGAGAUGCGUCCAAAAGGGCCAAGUUUUUGUCCAACAACUACAGUUUGGUGUUGACCAUUAUCAGCGACACCAAGGGCAAGCUUGCGGAGGAGCAAAAGGAACAUUUUGGAGGUUUAUUGAGGGACAUCAAGAGUAGAUGA